AACUGAUCGGAUCUGAGUGCUCUUCCCAUCCACGAACCACGAUUUCUCGUAUCCACGCGUCGCUUCCACCCUCAUACCUUUCUAAACAACUUUCCAUUAAAAUAAUUCAAAAUCAUUAAUCAACAAUUAAUAAAAAAAAAAAAAAUUUAAACCACGGAAAAAAGAACCCUCUAGAAGCUCACAGGAAUCACAACUACACAGCCUCAACUCAACAAUCGUCUCUCUCAAUUUCAUGUAAAAUUCGUUUAACCUAAUUCUCAUUUCAGAGGGUUGGAUAGUGCUUCAUGCUGGUGACAAUUUCAAGGAUUGGUUUGCAAUACAGUCCAACAAUACAAAAUUACUGAAGGAACUAUACAUUGUAUCAAAAGAAACAUUGAACUGUCGAUUAUGUGAGGAGCCAUUGUACUCAGGGUAAAGAGCAAUACUCCCAAAUCUUAACCAGGAAGAAAGAAUGGUGGAAAAGGGUUCAUGGUCAUGCAAACCUGAAGAUCUGUUUUCUCCAUGUAAUAGCAACUCAACCAAAGAACAGAAAAGGCCAGCAUCUGAUUAUACAAGUAUGCCUGAUUGUUGUUUCAAGAGCAGCGAUAUAGAUUCUAGCAGUAGUGAGCUUUGUUCAAAUGACCCUAUCUUAGGAGACAAGUGUUUGGUGGAGGAUGACAGCAUGUCUCAAUAUUCAAUUAAUCACAAAUCUCAACCCGACAAUGAACUAAGCUUUCUUGAUACUGAUGGGUGGCUUGAUUUAGACAACUUUGAAGAUUUUGAUAGGAUGGUGUUAAAUUACGACUCGACUUUUGGGACGGGUAGCCUCGAUAAUGAAGAUGAAUUCUGCUGGCUCUCAUUACCAUAUGGAACUGCAGGACCUGAUGAUGAUCCACUGAAAUCUGACUUCAAGUUUUCAUCUGCUGGAGUGAGUCCACUGAAAAGUAUACCAGAUUGUGAUAUGGGCCUGAAUGACAAUAUUGAAGGUCUGGAAAUUCUUGAUUGUGACAAAAAAAUACCUCCUUUUGAUAAACAACUGAGGUCUGAAAUGGAUGUUGAUCUUGAUGCUGUUCCUACUUCAUUAUCAACCUUUGGUGAAUCAGACACAAAGUCGGGUAUUACAGAUGACUUGAUGCCUCAACAAAAGAUACAAGGGCAGCUGUUAAAGCAAUCAGCAGGAAAGAGAAAAAAUAGCUGUCUAAAAGAUGGUGAUUCUGAUCAUCCUUAUGCCCACAUGGAGCAAGACGCUAAUCUGAAGCAACCCUGUGGAGCCUCUUCCAGUGGGGUCACUUCCCAGAAUAGCAUUCACAAACAAAGAUCAAACAUGGAUUCUGAUUCUUUAGGUUGUGUACAAAUACAAACUCCCCCAAUGCACCCAGAUUACAGUCAUACUUCAAAUUAUACUUCCCUCCUUCCUGCCUCGUCUGGAUCAAGGUCUGAACACGAUGGAUAUCCAUCUCCUUUUAAAGAAUCAUCAAAUGCAUCAAAUACAGAGAGUUUUCACAGCCAUCCUUUAGAGACUGCUGCCUUGAAUGAAAAUUUAUAUCUUCGCAAUGAUGCAAAACUUAUGAGUAGUGGUUUCAAAAGUGAAAAUAUGCAAAAUCCUAUGCCAGUCAAAAGUCCAGGUUCAGCUCAGAAGGUAGGAUGUCAAUUUGAAAAUGUGAAUGAAGGCCAUAGUGAAGGUGGAGAAGUUAGCAUAGGAUUUUCCCCAGAAACAGAGUCAUCAAAUAUGCAGGAAAGUUCAGCUAUGAGCUCUGCACCGGACGAAACCUCACUUGAAGCAGCUAACUUUCGCCAGCUGCAACAGGUCCUGGAUCAGUUGGACAUUAGAAUCAAACUAUGCAUAAGGGACAGCCUGUACCGCUUAGCCAAAAGUGCUGACCAAAGACAUAUUGAUGUCGAUGCAAGUGGUUUAAUGGGCGAUGACAUGGAAGCAUGCAAGGGAGUAAUGACACAGGACGCUAACAGGUGUACAGGAUUUGUGAACAUUGAAACUACUACAAAUCCCAUUGAUCGGUCUAUAGCACACUUGCUGUUUCAUAGGCCCUCAGAAUCAUCAACGUUGCCCCUUAGUGAUACUUUACCUUUAAAAUCCGCUCCCAUGAUACAGGGAACAGGGAACAAUCCACCAAUAUUUGCUGAGAAACAGGUUUGUCAUGAAGAAUCUUCUGCCAGAGUAGAAAACAAGUCUUGAAGAGUAUCAUCUAGCGAUAAAUGAAUAUGUUAUUGGCAUUAGCUUGAUCAUCUGAUGUACAAUGUCUUCUUUUCAAUUAAGUUAUAUUGUACAUAAUUUUAAUAUUCUAGGCUUACUCAGAUCCAUUAGUGAUGCAGUUUAUGGAUUGAUACCAUUACAAUGAUGUAAAUUGGGCUGAUAAUCUAUGUAAGGUAGCUUUCAUGAUGUAGAGGAAUGCUACAUACACAACUCUCUUCACGUGAAAGAUAUACCUUUAUGGCGCACGGCCGUCGAUUUGACAAGUAGUCAGCCAAUCAAUGGUCUACGUAGUUGGGACAUUUUUAUAAGGUAGGGAAAAAGAUUUGAGAUUUUGCUACCAGAAUAGUUUUUCUUAAAAGUUUCAUGGACAACUCGUUUUGUGCUGAUUUGUCUUGGUGUUUGGUUUGAAUUUUACCGGUUAAAGUUACUGCUUUGAACCAAAAA